AUACCAUGAACCAAUGAACUGCUCCGGUCGAUCUAAAGGGUCGGUCUUUUCAUACAAAAUAAUUGUCCUGUAAGAGAGUGAAAUUCUAUUGUUGGAAACUGUUAUACCAGUCGUAGUUUGGAGUUCAACGUGUUGCAUUUCAACGCGGAGCAUAGACGGCUGUAACCUUGUGCGAAGAGUCCGUCUACCCGUCUGUUUUUCUGAGUAAAUCUAGGGUUAAAUUGACAUCAUGGCUCUGGAUCUGUGCGGACAGCUGUGCAAGGUUAUUCUCAUCAUCUUCAACAUCGUGUUCGCCCUGAUUGGCGCUGCCAUGCUGGGCCUGGGUCUGUGGCUGCGGUUUGGCGCCGACACGCAAGGCCUCUUCGACGACAACUUCAACACACAGCAGUUUGUCAUUGGUGUGAUUGUGCUGAUCGUCCUGGGUGCAGUGAUACUGGUGGUGGCCUUGUUUGGAGACUGCGGCGCCUGCAGCGAGAACAGCGGCGCCCUGACAGUGUUUGCCAUCUUUCUGUCCAUCGUAUGUGGGUUAGUGAUCGGAGCAGGAGUGAUUGCCUUCAUAAGGAGUGAUGAGGUGGGGGAGCAGAUGGCCAUGUUCUACGCGACGGUGUAUGCAAAGUAUUUGAAUACGGGGGGUGACCCUAGCAUGACGGUCACUCUGACCCUGAUGCAGAACUGGUUCCAGUGCUGUGGAUUGGUGGGAGCCCUGGACAUUCUGGUCAAAAAGACGUGCCCCGAACACAGCUUCACCGGAUUCUUCACUAUGCCUGCCUGUCCCCCAGCCAUCGUAUACCUGUUUAAGGACAAGGCUCCGUUGGUUUUGGGCCUGUUCCUGGGUACAGCUGCUCUGCUGGCCAUAGUGCUGGUAUGCAGUUCUAUCCUUGUGAAGGAGAUUAAAAGGACAAAGCAGUUCUCCAGUUACUAAUGUAAUGCAGAUUGUGAUGCUGCUAUACAGGAAGCAUGCAUAUAUAAAUGGAUCCAAACAGGUACUGCAGUGUAUAAUAUAUUUUGGUAUAUUUGUUUGUUACAAGUGAACUGUUAUAGAUGGCUAGGAGUCUGCUUUUAUAUUGUUUUGGAUGUUCAACAAAAGCACCUGUGUACCCUCCACUUGAAUAGCAGUCAAUUCAAGUCUAAUAAUAUAAGUAAGCUAAUAUUAGCUUACUUAUAUUUACAUUUAGUCAUUUAGCAGACGCUCUUAUCCAGAGCGACUUGCAGUAAGUACAGAAACAAUUCCCUGAGGCAAGUAGGAUGAAGUGCCUUGGCCAAGGACACAACGUCAUUUGGCACGGCCCGAAUCGAACCGGCAACCUUCUGACUAAUAGCCAGGUUCCCUAACCGCUCAGCCAUCUGACGCUACUUACAUUUUAAACAUCAUAACUCCUCAAUAUUCAUAUGUAUGCUCUUCCAUACGCACGCCUAGUCUCACAUUACAGAACCCAAACCAAACCCAAGGGCUUCUGUUCCAGAGAAUCUCUUUCCCUCAUUCCCAUAAUGACCACGGCCAAGCGCUGGGCCAGCGGCCUCGUAACUGAGAGUUUGACUAAAUAAACACUUCAUGUUAAGGGCCUCUGGAGCCCCAAGUGUGGCCCUCAGAACAGAAGCAGUGUCACACCAGGUAGGGGGCUUUAGUUGUUGACCUCCAUUAUCAUUUCCCCUCUGGCCGUGUUUGUUGGCCUGAGACUGUUCACUGCUGAUGAGACAGAGGUUCUACUCUGAAACGACCAAAGGAAGUUCAAGUGUCGAGUAGAAUAUCGUGUUCUAAAGCUUGUUUUUGCACUGUUGUAGGUAUUUCUACUGUAUGCAUUGUACUACUGAGUCUGAUGCAUAGUCUGUUCAAAAUAAAAAUACAAUUCUCUUA